AUGAGCCUCAAGACUCCUGAUUACAUCAAUGAUCACAUCUACAUUUACAUAUUGAUGAAUCAUCAUGGUGAUGGUAUGGCCUCAUCAGCGAGUCACUUCUGCACCAAGCUUCACAUCUGGCUUGAGCUAGCAGGCUUACCGUAUACCCUUCUACCGGCUAAUGGACCCGAUGGCCCCUACGGUAAAGCACCGUACAUCGAGCUCAACGGCCAGGUCUACGCAGAUUCGAGUGCUAUAGUGAAGAUGCUAUCAGAUAAGUAUGGCAAGGACUUGGAUGCCGACCUUAGCCUGGAGCAACGAGCCAUGAGCAUCGCCGUUCAACGUAUGGUGGAGGAGCACACCUACUUCCUUACUCUCGCCGACAUGGCCCUACAGAUGGAGCUUUCGAAGUAUUGA